AUGGGCGGCCAUGCUUUCUCUAAUCGUUCCCCUCCUCUUGCCACCCCGCGAAUGCCACCAGAGGUCUAUAACCAAGUCUUGGAACAAACACUUUCCAAGCUCCACCAGCAUUACUCCCUAGUCGAGAGUCCAAUCGAAGCACCGUGCAAAACUACCUUCGGCGAUGUGGACAUUCUGGUCCAAGGGCCGCUCAGAAAAGAGUUUGAUCCAUCUGAGACGCCCCGGAGUGAGGUAGCAAAGCGCCUAUCAGAACUAUUUGGUGCUGCGGCAUGGGUCGCAGAGAAGGGGAAUCCAACCAUGAAUCUCGCUAUCCCUUGGCCGUCAAACACAGCUUCGGGGUGUUCGAAGACUGAAGUCGUUGAAGACUUAGGCAUACAUGCUCCGGAAGAAGAAAGCGCAGAGAAUAGAUUCGUACAGAUAGAUGUCCACCACCUACCCACCCCCGAGCGCUUUCGCUGGGAGCUCUUCCACAGCGCACAUGGAGACCUAUGGAAUAUCCUUGGUACGACCAUCCGGCCAUUUGGACUCACGUGUAAUGAUCGUGGCCUAUAUCUCCGAAUCGCGGAAAUCGAACUCCUCGAUAGGAAGAAGAGCAUGGUAUUCCUUACAUCAGAGCCCAAGGAAGUGUUGGAACUUCUUGGUUUGGAGGAAGGGAAAUGGUGGAAGCAGUUCAAAGACCAAGAGGAGAUGUUUCUCUUUGCUACCACCUGCCGGAUGUUCUGGAUCAAAGAGCCAGGUGAAAAAGGGGCCGAGGGCGAUGUGGUUGGUGAAGUUGCAAUAAACAGUGCUGGGGGACAGAUAGGUGGUGAAGUGGGGAAGAAACAGCUCAAGCACAAUGAUCGACAACGUAUGGCUAAACGCCCAAUAUUCAGAGCAUGGAUUGAAGAUUUUAUCCCCAAAUUAAAGGAAUCUGGCGAACACUGGGAAGCGAAAGUAACUCGAGAACAGAUUCGAGACCAGGCAUUCGAAAAGUUUGGUGUCAAAGAGCAGUAUGAGACUCGACUGAGGGAGUGGAGGUUGGCAAGACAGAGAGACGAAAUUUGGAGGGAGACAAUCAAAGGAUCUGUCCCUGUUGAUCAUAUAGAUCCUGCAUUGCGGGGUGCCGCAAUCCGAACGCUAAAGGCCGUUCUCUUGGAUGGCGAACUAUUUGAUGGCGCCUCACCCCUGGCAGCCCAGACCGAUAGCGAGGGUUUCUACAAUCUUGGUGCUACGAGGGAGUUUGUCGAAAGCAAUUGGAGGCGAGCUGGAGAGAUUGGUUUGGAGAGACAGUUGACGAGGGGUAGCGGAAUGAUGGAGUUAAUGGCGAAUAAGAGGAAGCGGGCUGGUGAAGAAAAGACGCAUGAUGAAGGGAAGGCAGAUACCGAAAAGCCUGCAUAG